AUGUCACCAAACCCCCGUACAGAUCCCUACGCUGCACAACUCCAAUCGCCGCUCUUCCGCCUUCCUCGAGAGCUCCGCGACGAAAUCUACGCGCACUACACUUUCGAAGAAAAUGGGUACUUCCACCAAAUUGAUACAGGGAAGCUAUAUCUGGCCGACCGGCAACCUAUCGACCUGCGUCUCAUGUAUACCUGCAGAGCCGUUGCAGCAGAGAUGAAGGGCGCCGCCCUUCGCACAAACACGGUUACAUUUCAGACGGGGGAUAUUGAGGACGAGCUGGGUUACUAUGGGCUUCGAUCGCGAGCUGGUCGAUACAAUAUGCUCCAAGCUCGCGUAACAACUACGAGGCUCCAGAUGCUUAUAUACGCUGCGCCCUGUGUCACACCGCAAGUUUUGCAAAGCCUUGUAAUCACUUGUGGUGAGAGUGGUCAAUAUUUCGUAGAUGCGUUGAAGGCAGUGCAAGAUGGGAGACGAAGGGUGGAUUAUAUGGAUGGGACUGGCCUAAUAUGCGAACUGGCUAUGGUUGGAGGCAUUGACUUUUCAGUCGAACACCGUCAGGCAUUGAAACAUCUGCUAGAGUUGGCCUCUGUUCACGCGGAUUUUGACCGCCUAGCUUCGCUGGCUUUCGAUCGUACAACGAACAAUACGCGGGCGUGGUCAACAUUCUUCCUACACGAUGCCUUUAAAUCAGUCCUAACCUGGCAACCUUGCGCAUGGGCAAUUCCUACUAUCACCGAACUUCUCUCUCUGGAAAAUUUACUGACCGAGGAACCCUUGAACCAUAUCUACGGGUCGUGCUUUUCGGAAGAUAACAAUAUGUGCAAGUGGUUCUUUAGUGCGACAGCUAUUGCAAUCAGCUUCUUCAGUCAGCACCCCUCCGAGACCUUCCAUAUGCGGAAUGUCAUCCUGGAGGAAGUCUUCAAAUCUGUCUCAAAUCCGGAACACCAUGCACGUGGACUCAUUCCACACCUAGGCGCUUAUAAAGGCCUGCGCAUCGAGCGACAUGUUGGUUUAUGGACUACGCUAUAUCCUCCUGGCUGGAAUGGCAUAUUAUACCAUCUGAUAGCUGAAAAAGAGGAAGGGCUUAUACAAACCGCCACACGCUUCGAAGAUAUCCUGUUUUCCCUAGUUCAGUGGAUCACAGAGGUUAGGGAUGCUGAAAGUAGUUUGCUCGCAAAGUCCUUUACACUUGCUCUAGGACAUGAUAUCUCGGAGAUAUGGUCGCUAGCUCACGAGGCUGCAAUGCUGGGAGAGGCCAUGCACGAAUACUACAAUCAAAGAGGCGUAGGAACUCCUUCGCAUGGUACUCAUGUCGACUUCCAGCGGGUGUUGUUUCCGCUACCUUGUCAUGUCCCCCGUCAGUUCACGUAUUCAGUAAAGGCUAUGAUAGGAGGUUCCUCGCGACUCAUUAGGUUCAAUGGAUUUGCUGGAGAUCGGUGGGAUCUAAGCCAGAUUCUUCCGCAGCGCGCCUAUUGGUCUGCCAGCGAUUGGCAUAUGGAAUGGAAAGCGCUGAUGGAACGAAAGAUUGCUUUACCUGGAGGAAGUGCUCACGCACUAGUAGAAAGAUACAAAAUUACUAGGGUCGUCGAAGACUUGUAA